AAGGUAAAAAUUCACUGGAUGAGUUGGGAUAAGUUGUCCUGGAGUAAGUUUGCGGGGGGGAAUGGGUUUUAAAGACUUGAACUUGUUUAAUGUUGCUCUUUUAGCUAAACAAGCAUAGAGAGUGAUCAACAACCCUCAGGCUUUAUGGGUCCAAGUUUUGAAAGGCAUCUAUUAUCCACACUCUGAUUUUCUAAAUGCAAAGAAAUGUAAGUCUGGAUCGUGGGGGUGGCGCAGCCUUUUGGAAGGGAGAGAGGCUCUUAAAGCAGGGUUAAGAUGGCAGAUUUCUGGUCCUUCCUUUGUGAAUGUCUGGAGUGAUCCAUGGAUUCCCACAUUACCUGCUUUUAAAGUUUCAAGUUCUAGGCCAAAUGAUAGUCCUAUCAUUUAUAUUGCUGAUCUUAUAGAUGUGCACUCAAAUCAGUGGAAUCUGCAGUUAUUACAAGCCUCAUUCCCAGAGCAAGGUUGGAAGGAAAAAAUUAAAAUUCCACUAGCAGUCAAUCCUCAUGAACCAAAAAGAGUUUGGCACUAUACAUCUAACGGGGUCCCUACUGUGAGAUCCGUUUAUUUCUGGUUGAAAAAAUGGCAUCAUGAAGCAUCUCGGCAGUCAUCCCCAUCCUCUUCUAGGUUGGUAAAUCCACAGUUUUGGAAAAAUCUUUGGUCUCUUCCUUUGCCUCCAAAGGUUCGAGUGUUUCUGUGGAGAGCCUGUUCUAAUGCUUUGGCAGCUAAAGUGAACUUGUUUCCCUUAUGUUCACUUUGUGGCAUGCAAGAGGAAACAGUAGAGCACCUGAUAUUUUUUUGUGACCAUGCUAGGGCUGUUUGGUUUGGUUCCAGUCUUGGAUUAAUUCCACAAUUACAGGGCUUUAGCUCUUUUACAGACUGGUGGCAACAUUUGUUUGAUGUUUUGUAUUCUAGGGAUUGCGAACAACUUAUUUUGGCAGGAUUGUUAUGUUGGAAUAUUUGGAAAGCGAGGAAUGCGGCUCUUUUUGAAUCUAUUAAGCCUAAUCCUUUGUUUCUCAUUACAAAGGCCCAGAAUGCCGUUGAUGAGAUGCUCUCUUUAGCUACCCAGCAACACCAUUCUGAGCAUAUCCCUAUUGAUGGUAGAAGGGCACCUUUUAAGUGGCAGCCCCCUCCUUUUGCUGUUCUGAAAUGCAAUGUAGAUGCUUCAUUUGUGAAGGAUUCUGCGAUAGCAGGGUAUGGUGUUAUUGUUCGUGAUCAUGUGGGGCAAUUUGUGGAUGGUUGUGCAGCUUCUUUCACUUGUGGUUCCCCUUUAGUAGUUGAGGGAAUUGCUUUGCAAGCAGCACUCCAAUUUGUUAUCUCUAGAAGAUACAAUCAGGUAUGGCAAGCGGCGAGGCUUCUAAGAAGAGCCGGAAGUGGAAAAGAGAGGUCUCCCAGAAAGUGCGGGAGAUGAAGCGGGCUGAGCUGCUUCAGACGCCCAGGCAUGAUCCUGGGGAAAUGCAAGGAGGCUCGUCUCAACCCUCGGGACAGCCGAUCCCCGACAUAGAAGUGGUCCGGUCUCCUCCUCGUCAAGAAGAGCCGCCACCACCUCCUCCGGUUGCUUCAAGCGCGGAAGGGGGUCCUUCCCAACUACCUGUGAGGACCCUUUCCCGAGGCGCCCAGAUCCUGAUCCACUCGCUGGAGAAGAACCGCACGGUUCGAGAGAACCCGGGUUUUGCUAAGGUCUUGGGGUCCUCCAUCUGCCUUCGGGAGGAUCGGGAUAGGCUAACCCCGAACAGCCUCGACGAUAUCCUGACACAAACUAUGAGCCUGAGCGUGGAGAGUCUGGUGAACCAACAUAUUAUCCGGGAGAAGGCUCACCGCUUGAGGCAGGAUGUCGAGAAGGUGGGUCAGGAAGCUGCUUCCCUCCGAUCUCAACUUUCGUCCGCCCAAAACUACAUAUCUGAAAUUGAGGGGCGGAUGAAAUUCUACGAGGAUAAGCUGGCCGAGCAGGCUCAUGUUCUUGAAGAGGUUCGGGUGCUCCGAGCUGCUGAAGUCGCUCGCCUCACUGAGGAGCUUAAAGCAAAAGAAGAAGAGGCAGUGACAAGGGAGGCCGGUGCUUAUGUGAACGCUCAUGGGGAUCUCUUGGCCGAGCUCAGGAAGCGUUAUCCCGAGGAGGACUUCUCCUGGAUGGUGGAUCUGGCUCCCCAGGACGAGGAGGAUAGCGAGGAGGAGGCCGAAGGUGAUAGAGGGGGUGACCAAAAUGUAGAACAGGCUGGGGGUGAUCCUCCAGCCGAAUGACUUGUAUAAAUUUUAAUUUGAAAUGAAAUGAAGUUCCCCUUUUUGUUCAAUGAUUGGAUGCGAUCGGAAAGUAUCUAAGUUGCAUAAGCACUUGAUUGUCUGAACAUAUUAGAACAACAACUAAAAGUGAUUAUUAAUCUAAGUGUAAGAGGUCGGAAAAUACUAUAAGCGUGAGAUCGGCUGAGAACAAACGCUAAACGGGACUUGAUUAAAAUUGGAAAUUUGAUUUAAACACUUAAGAUUGGAAUCAUCAUUAAACCGAUUGGAACCUUAACUUUAUCAGACGAUUAUCCCCAAACUUUUAAAAGGGAGAUCGGCAAUAAGACUGGUGACAUGAAGGUCUAGUAUUGGUUCAAUUUCGUUUGACAAGAGAGAUCGGAAAUGUAAUUGACUAGUCAGGAGACUUGACAAUUGGUUUGAGAGAUCGGUGAAGCUUUAAAUGAUAUGGGGACUUAGUAUUGAUUUGAUUCCUUUUGAGGAGAGAUCGGAAAUGUAAUUGGCUGGCAAAGGGAGACUCAGUGCUGGGGAUCGAUUUCAGAGUUUAUUGAUUUCAGGGAUCGGCCAAAAUAUGGUGUCGACACUAAGAAAGUGCCAUAAUGGCAUUCUAGGUGUGUGAUUUGUUGUUAAUUUUCUGAAAAUAUGCAGAAGAGAUAGGUGCAAAAACUUUCUUGUCCAAUUAAAAUGAAUUUGGUAACGUCUUAAAUGGAGCGAGUUCUUUUAAAGAAAAAAGGUUGAUGUACAUAUCUUGAAAAGUUAUUCAAAAUAAUGGCACUGCAUGCUUCCAUGCAGUUAUUUUAGUUGCGGUUCAAGUAGUUUUUUGGAAGACUAAAGAUGCAAAGUGCUACGACUUCUGCGUGCCUGUUUCUUUUAACUUUCAAAAUUAUACUGUCUCAUGUUGUUGUAAAUUCUAACAAACCUGAA